AUGGCGUUGGUUCCUCACGGCGGUGGCAUGGGCGGAUCGGCGUCGAUGGCGAUGCCGAUGCUCACGGUGGACAACUACACCGUCUGGGCGAUCAAGGCACAGGCCAUCCUCGACGUGCACACCGUGUGGGAGGCGGUGGCGCCGGGCGAUGCGGCGGUGAACGCGCGGAAGGACAAGACGGCGCGCGCAUUGCUCCUCGGGGCGUUGCCGGAGGAUGUGCUGCUGCAGGUGUCGACGAAGCUCAGCGCUAGGGAGGUAUGGAACUCCCUGAAGGUGAGGUUCGUCGGCGCCGAUCGGGUGCGCGUGGCGAGGCUGGCGACGUUGCGCGGCGAAUUUGACCGCCUGAAGAUGGCGGACGGCGAGGAGCUCGACGUGUACGGCGGGAGGCUCGCGGCGAUGGCGGCGAGGUACGCCAACCUCGGGGAGACGCUGGGCGACGCAACACUUGUCAAGAAGUUGCUGGACACGGUACCGGAUCGCCUCUUCCCUAUCGUCGCCGGCAUCGAGCAGUUCCACGACGUGACGAUGAUGGCGUUCGACGAGGCACUCGGGCGACUACGCGCGUUCGACGAGCGGGUUCGAUGCCGUGGACAAGACAUCGGCGAGCGGACGGACAGCUCCUGUACACUGCAGCGCAGUGGCGGGCGCGGGAGCGGCGUCAAGGUGGAGCUCGGGACGACGACGAUGGCAAGAGCGUGGCAUCGAGUAGCGGGGGGAACCGGCGCGGCCGCUGCUACAAGUGCGGCGAGCGCGGCCACUUCAAGCGCGAAUGCCCGGAGCUGCGGAAGGCGCCGGCGGCGUAGCGAGCACUGCUGGCAGACGCCGGAGUCGAGGACGACAGGCUCCUGUGAUUCGCGGCUUAGGGGGGUGAGUGUUGCGUGA